GUUAUGCACCGUCUGUUUAAAUGCCUAGUUUCCAAACAAGAGUCACCUCAAACAACAGAGUCAACUCAGCGUAGACCUUCCUCUCCACGAUGAAGAUGAUGCAGGUGACAUUGUUCGUGGCUCUUCUUGGGUUUUUAACCUCAGCUGCCACUGGCUCGAAGGAUUUUCUGCCCAUCGACUGCAAUGACAUCUAUUGCCAUGACAACACCAGCUCCAGUGGGGUGUACACCAUCUUCCCCGGGGGUCCCACCACUCCCCUGCAAGUCUUCUGUGACAUGAACACUGACGGGGGCAGAUGGACGGUAUUUCUCAAGAGGAUGGAUGGGACUGAAAACUUCUACAGACCCUGGAGUCACUAUAAGGCCGGAUUUGGGAACCUGGCAGGAGAAUAUUGGCUUGGCCUGGAAAACAUCCUCCUGCUGACUCUGAGGAAGGAGAACGAGCUGCGGGUCGACAUGGAGGACUGGGAGGGGGGGAAGGCGGACGCCAAGUACUCCUCCUUCUCCAUCGAUUCUGAGAAUCACGGUUAUGAGCUUCACCUGGGCAAAUUCACCGGCGGAAACGCAGGGGACAGUUUGACAUACCACAACAACAUGAAGUUCACAACGUUUGACAGAGAUCAGGACCGGUUGGAGGGGAACUGCGCUCAGCAUAAUCUCGGUGGAUUCUGGUACAACGCAUGCUUUUCUGCCAACCCCACCGGUCUGUACGCACCUCAAGGGCUUGUCAACGUAUAUGAAAACGUUCAAGUUAUCUGGAAAUCGUGGAAGGGACUGAACUUCGGCCUGAAGACCUUAGACAUGAAGAUCAGAUCAGUCUCUGCAUGUGCAUGCGCUCAAUAACCUGUUUAGCUGUACACUU